AUGGGCAAAACUUUUGGAUUCAAUACUAGUGACAGCUUCUGGGGAGGUUUAUAUUGGCUGAUCAUCACUAUUAGGUUACAUACAGUACGACUUCCCGAAUAUACAGAACAUUUCCGAAGCCAAUUUCCUGAACCCAGUGAUGAAGCUGAAGUAGAAGAGAAAGAUGAAUUGCGUGUGUUGGAUUCCAAUACUUUAUUAGUUACAAUCGCAGCUAUUGUUGGCCUUGGGUUUACUCCGUAUACCCAUGAUAGAUUGGGAACAAGGGUGAAAGUCACUGGUGAAAAGGCAAUGAGCGCUUUAUUGGAAGGGCUUGACGAUAUAAAAAAGGAAAAGUCAAAAAAUGAUAUGCAUUUAAGAAGGCAGCUCUUGUUGGAAAACCGUCCCAGUAGUAAAGCCAGGAAAUCCUUAAAGAAAGUUUCUACUAAUACUGUUGCUCCAUUUUUCCAAAAGAGUGGAAAGAAGUUAUCAAAUACAAGUUUAUUAGCGAAAUUGUUGAGUCCAAAUUUGCUGAAUUUGAUUUCCGAAAAUCUUACUGCCGCCAUUGUGAAGUUGCUUCCGUUUGAUUUACCACAUACUUUCAAAAGGUUCCAUCAUUUAGAAAAUCAACGGCAUGAUCAAUACCAAUAUAAAGAACGUGCGGGAGACGCAUUAACGGCUUUUUCCGAAACAAUUGCAUAUGACCAAUGCGUAAAGAUGGAUUCAUAUGGAGUUUGGAAUAGCAGCUCUUCAAGCGCGAGAAUUUAUUGA